CGAAACCGGAUGUUACAGGCCACCAAGGGAUUGUGGGAAGUCUGCCAGUGCUCGUCCUUGUGCUGUACCUUAACCUCUUAGCUUCACACAACAGAAGAUUGCCAAAAUGUACAGACAACUUAUGGGACUUCAGCAGCUAUCCAGGCGGACCAUCACAAGCAGUGCCCGCAGACAGAUUGAUAACUCUGUUAAGGAAAAACAAAAGCUGUUUCAGGAGGAUAGCGGUAUGCCAAUCCAUCUGAAGGGCGGGACGAGGGACGCUCUGCUUUACAGAGCCACAAUGACUCUCACUGUGUUUGGCUUUGGAUAUGUCGUGUUUGAGCUGUUUAGUGCUGCAAUGCCCAAGAAGGCACAGUGAAACAGGAUUGGACUAUCUGCCAAAAACAAUCAUGCACAUGCUGCAUGUAAUUCAUCAAGUCCGCAUUGCUCAGAUAUGUAAUCUGGAAAAUAAUUUGUCUUAUCAAUAAUAUCAGUAAGUGUCAUGUUUGAAAUAUGUAUUGAUUGUACAAAUCAUGAGCUCUUAAUUGUAAUAAAGAUAUUUAUGU